ACGUCGCCACAGCCAUUAGUAGUAGCAUCAUCAAAGCCUGCAUUCUUGUUCUUCGAGUCUCUCUCGUGAGUGACUUUCAUUACCGAGAAAAACACAAUCAUAGAGAAGCUCUCAAUCUUGUUUGCUUCUGAUCAGUAACUAUGAUUACUGUAAAUAGAUCACUCUUUCAUUAUCUUUCCCUUUCACUUGUACAAACCAAUUCGUUCUCGAGCUAACGGAAAUGGCGGAGAGGCAACAGAGCCCUGCGGCGGAGACGAUUCCCGGUACACCCGUAAUCCGGGAAGUGAGAACCGGAACCGGGUCCGAGAAUUUCAACCCGGAGAAUACAAGGAGAGGAUGCUUGAGAGCUGAAAUCGACAUUUCUCCACAGUUAUAUGGUGGUCGUGGGUUCUGGGUUCCCUUCAAUCUUGAAGACAAUUACGACUGUGUGGGAGAAUUUGACAUAAAGAGAAUGGAAGAACAGACAGUGGAGCUUGAGAAGGAUCUGAUUAUGAAAGAGUUAGAGACUCUGGAUCUUCUUGAAGCUCUUGGAUCAACCAAAAGGAUUUUUGAAGAUUUGAAGUGGCAGCUUCAGCAGCAAGCACUGAGAUGCAAGGAGACCCCUCAACAUUUGCGUUCACACUCCAAAGAGAUGGUCGAUGAGCACUGCCAUCGUAAUCCCCUGAAGUCUCCGGAUCUGAUGACCAUGGAAAUGAAGCAAGCUGGUAUGAAUCUUUGUAAAACCAUGGAUGAUCUUGCGUUGAUCCACUCUUAUGCUGAAUCUCUGAAUAUGAAAACGAAGGAAGAGAAAGAUGUCCUUGGAGUAGCGUCUCUAGCGGAGGAACUUAACAGUUUGAAGUUUAAACCAGCAGGUCCUGAUCAAGUAGAGAGAUUCAAUACCGAGAAUUUACCAGUGAAUCCACAAUGUGAACAGAUUAAGAUGGUAGUUGAAACCUAUGAUACAGCUUUCCAUAAACAGAGCAAAACCUGCCCGAGAACUGCAGAUAUGAGAUUGGUUGCUGCAAGAAAAAUGGAAGAGGCAGCAAGAGCAGCGGAAGCACUUGCGCUUGCUGAAAUGACCAUAUUAUCCAGCAGAAGAAACCAAGACGCUCUCUGCUUCCCUAAGACACCAUGUUUUCCAUUAACACUUAAAGCACAGAUGAACAAAGAAUUAUCCACCAAUGUCUCAAGAAUAGAGAUCUUGAGGAAGCUGGAGGAAGCUAACGAAGAAGUUAAACAAAGUAAACAAGCCUUGGAAGUUGCGUUAAACCGGGUAGAAAUCGCUAGUGUGAAGCAACUUGAAGCAGAAGAGGCAUUUCGGCAGUGGAACAUAGAGUCAUGGAAAGACCAGAAAGCUGUUGGAGCAAAACGCUCGAUGAAAAGAGAAAGCUUUCCUCAGCGCUCUUUCUUGAGCCAUAUCAAUCAGCACGAGCCACUGAUCGAUCUCCCUGAGCCAAUGCUGAAACGUAACGUCUCAAUGGGUAAUGCUCUUAACCGAAAAGAUGAGAAACAGUUGGUCACGCCGAGGAGAAAGUUUAGGUUCAUACAAACACAUCAAGCUUCCAUUAGAAAAACAGAGUAAGCUAAAAAAAUACCCAACCUUUGAAAACAUGUUUUGCACAUUUCGAUUCCUGUUUUUUUUUAUUCUUGGUUUGAUCAUUGAUGGGUGUUGUUGCUUCCAUCAAAAGCAAAACACAGAUGAUUAGAGUGAGAUGUGUUGUUUUGACUCAAAUGUGACAAAAAGAAAAACAUUAUAGUAAAAACUAAAGCUUCUAGUAAUCAUAAUUAAUUAUGGGAGUUAGUGAAGGGCAUUGAUCAUAUGAUUUAGGUGGUGG